AUGAAAUAUGGCCAAGACCUGGAACUGGAUACAGAAGACCUUGAGAGGACCAUCACCAAUUUCGAUGAAAGGCAUUCAUUUGAACAUAUCUCGCGCUGGAGUUUUGCACUUGCCAGCCACCUUCGGUGGGCCAUUUCCCCAAGCAAUCUGUUUAUUUUAACCAUCUACUUUCAUAGUGCGAGAGUGGUUGAGCAUACAGAAGCGAUCAGUCCUACUGCCAUUGUAGCAACAUAUGGUGAAGUUUUCGAUGAAUUUAGACAGCGAAUCGAUGAGUUAGAAGACCUUCCAUAUGAAGAUGAAGAUGGCAAUCCAAUCGAGAUUUAUGACACCAAUGGAAACAUCAUUCAGAGGAAGACAGCUUUCUUUCGAGAGGAGGACCCCACUGGGGGAAUUCUUAUCAAAUUGGACAGUGUCCAUGCAAUGUUUGAUCGCAUCUAUGGGAAUCAUCGGCAAUCUGAUCCACACCGCACUGGCAAUGUUGUCACAAGGAUUUACCCACAAGCCUUCAUGACUUCCUUUGGUCAUGUCCAAUCUACUACUGUCUUUCCCGAAUUCCACCAGACUGCCCAGUCAGUCAAUAGGCAGUUGUUGUCACAACACCGAGGCAGAGGAGUGGCAGAAAAUGAUGAUGACGAUGAGUUUUUCCGAUCCGAGUCAUCAUCGUCUGAGUCAUCAUCCUCAGAUGACAAUUAUAUGCCCAGUCCUUCAACAAUUGAUGGUGUCCGAGCAGCACAAAACCUUAUGCAGCAACAUGCAGUGGAGCCUCUUAAAGGGGUAUUUUUCCAAGCAUACAACUUGCUGCAACAUCGUAUCGCACGACGGUCAGGGGAUGCUGAAACCAUGCAUGGCACAGUCACUGCAGCCCUUGCUGGGCACCAUGCCCAACCCCAUGAACGUGCUACAGUGGAAAGACACCAAUCAUAUGUGGACAUUGGGAUGCCGUUUGAUCGGAUGAAAACAAAACUCACCUCAGACACAAUUCUGCCACCAACGGAUCUGCGUCUAGAGAACUACUGGAUGGUCAAUUUUGCAGGGAUUGCGAAGGAGAAACGGACUGGACGAUGGGUAUUCAAUCAUAUCAUCACUCCCCUCCUGGAUGCUUGGGUCGAGCCAACCUUGAUAGAGAAACUCAAGCAACACACUGUCAUCUUCAAGCCCCAUUUCCUUCAACGUGUGUACCUCUGGACUACCUAUCCAUUGUUUUGGGCAGUCGACCAUAUAUAUCAAUGUGACAAAGCACAGCGCUCACAAGGCCACAAACCCGACCCAUUACUGCGGGAACUUGUUGCAGCACUUGAGCGUGCUGGAAGCUUUGGGUUUUGUGGUGCAGGAAAGGUCUUAUCGACCCAAACAAUGGAUCCACUCCUUCUGUCGAUUGGGAUCAAGGAAACUGGUUUCCCUUGCCUGAGCGAAAUGAUUGGGUUCAAUGCAGAAGCUGAUGAAAAGAUCAGAAUCAAUGCCUCCCAAUGGCCAUGUGAUGCAGAUGGGAUCCCACGGUUUGCAUCAAAACGAGUGGUACUCUUUCAUUAUUCUCAGGGAACCUAUGAUAAAUUGGUUGCCACAUGCUUCAUUGAACAUAUCCAAAAAGGCAUCAAAUUCCUUGCCCCAGACACAUUGUCUACCCAGAUGCGGACAAUCUGUUCACUUGCAUCCUAUGCUGUUGAUUCACUUGAGAAGGAUGCCUUGUAUGCAGUUGAGAAGGGCAUCAAGGAUUCCAUCAAGGGUUUAUUCCCUCAUGCUGACCGCGAGCAACGCCACUGGCUUCGUCAGCAAGCAGAAGGGCUCAAGACGCUCUGUGCAUCCUUGCACCCAUUUGACAACUCUAAAGAGGCAACACAACAACUCCUCCUUGCCCUCUGCUCAUCACCUCAGGCCAUCCAUUCAGCACUCAAGAAUCUCCCUAAAAUGGACGUGCAUGAAUGGGUCAGGCACAUAUAUGCAAUGGUUUCUCCACCUGCACCCCAUGUUCCAGGAUCAUCACGAACUCUACCACGUUUGGGUGCCCCUUUCUUCCGGCAAGGCUCAUCAGCUGUCAUCUUCACUCAGGUGUUUGAUGCACUCCGUGAGAUCUGUGAUCAAUCUGACUGGCGUGCCCAGCGUGAUUUCUGUGUUGAGGCCAUUGUGGCUGAAAUGGCGUCCCAUCGCAUCUUUCGCUACCCCAUGUCUGGCAUAAUCCUGCCACCAGGAGGCCAACCAUAUGGGCACAGUAUCACUCAUGGACAGAGUUAG